AUGUGGCACAAAGUGGAGUAUCAGCGACAGCGGAAGAGACCCACGCAUGUGGGCUAUCGAAUUUUCCUACAGUCCACCGCUUGGCUGCUCUACGGCAUCGCCUACGGCUGCAAUUUCUUCCGGGCAAAGUGGAACCCCUGCGCCGGACGCCUCGAGGAGCGACAGUACAAUCGGAUAGUUUACAAGCUGAUCAUUAUCCUGAAGAUAGUGCUCAUCGCGAGCCAAUAUCUGGUGUACUUUGUAAUGCUUCUGGCCGUCUACAUUCACUACUCGCUCGUGGAGAAGAGCAGUGCCCAGAACUUUGUGAUGGGCACCUUUUCACAGGGCAUCGAAUACAAUGUCUUUCGGCGACUGGUCAUCUUUUUGCACCUCAAACGGGACCGAAUAUUCGUGAGGCAGACGGUGAAUGAGAUCCUUCGGAUAUCGGAGGAGAUUGAGCAAAAGUUCGGCCUCAUCUACCACUGCGAUGCGAGUCUUUUGGGUGUGUAUUUCCUGAAGCUUUUCCUGCUCUACGUGCACAUCAGUUCGUACUUGUACAAGUCCUACUUUCUGCUCAUCAAUCUCCUCUAUUGGAUGCUCCUCGAGUACUGCUUCAUGGGCUGGUUCCUCUACCAGCAGCUGCUGCUCAAUUGGUACCGGAAUAUCACCACCUUCCUGCAGCGCUUCAUCGACGAUCACAAGGAUCGGCAGGGGAUCCUGGGCCGCUAUCAUCGGCGUCUGUUCUGGCUCUUUGAGCUCCAUCUGCGCAUCAAUAACCUCCAUCGGAGCAUCAACGACAGCCUCUCGUGGCUGUCCACCUCCAUCUAUCUGAUGAUCUUUGUCUGCAGCUUCCGACUGGAGCUGCUCAUCGAGUGCAUCAUGUUCGGUGAGGAUGAGCUCGAGAACAAGCUCUACAUCAUUGCCGACGGGUGUCUGGGUCCCGUUUUCAUACCCCUUCUGUAUGUCCUGCUCAUAGGACUCUGCACAGAUCGCUUGCGCGAUGCAGAGCUCGUGAUGCAGCAGCAGAUUGUCAUCAUUCACGGGCUGUACAUUCGGAAGGCCCCCUCUCGUACUCAGGCCAUAAAGCUCCUCUACAACGAGCACACAUCGCUGAUCAUCCAUCAGAAGCUGGAACCUCUGCAGAAUUUGAUUAUUUUGGGCACCACCUGCGAUCGAGGCUUCGCCUUUGAUUAUCUCUUGACGGCCAUCCUCACGGCUCUGUCUUUUAUCCAGUAUACCCUAUCGUGUGGUGACUAUCCCAUCAAUGAGUGUGCAACGCACAAGUAG